AUCUAGUAUCUUAAUUCAGUUUUGUAUUUCUCCUAGGUAUAGGAUGACAUAACACAAGAAGAGGUCUGAAAGACAUCCCAAUUUUACGAACGAAGUCAUACGGAAGCGUCUCCUAAUUGAUGGAGAUGGCGCCGGAGAUGAUCGGAGAAUUAAUCUGCUAGUGAAAAGUUUCAUUAAAUGGUGUAACUCUGGAUCCCAGGAAGAAGGCUAUAGCCAGUACCAACGUAUGCUGAGCACACUGUCCCAAUGUGAGUUUUCCAUGGGCAAAACUUUGCUGGUAUAUGAUAUGAAUCUCAGAGAAAUGGAAAAUUAUGAAAAAAUCUACAAAGAAAUAGAAUGUAGCAUUGCUGGAGCACAUGAAAAAAUUGCUGAGUGCAAAAAGCAAAUUCUUCAAGCAAAACGGAUACGAAAAAAUCGCCAAGAAUAUGAUGCUUUGGCAAAAGUGAUCCAGCAUCAUCCAGACAGGCAUGAGACAUUAAAGGAACUAGAGGCUCUGGGGAAAGAAUUAGAGCAUCUUUCACAUAUUAAAGAAAGUGUCGAAGAUAAGCUGGAAUUGAGAAGGAAACAGUUCCACGUUCUUCUUAGCACCAUUCAUGAACUUCAGCAAACACUGGAAAACGAUGAAAAGCUCUCAGAGGUGGAAGAAGCUCAAGAAACAAGCAUGGAAACUGACCCUAAACCAUAGACCACCGGUUCCCAAGACGACAGGCCAGUCCCGAGAGUCCUGAAGUAGCAGCCUGACCCCAGUGUGUUCGGAAUUUGUUGUGUUCCUGAGAUAGUUGAAGUUUUGGCGGUGAACUGCUUUCCUUUUAACUAUUAAUGCACAGUUCAUUCAUAUUUCUUCACACAAAGGAAGAAUGACUUCAUCAUAGAUUUGUUUUUUAUUGACAUGUCUUUUUUUCAUUCUUAAGAGGUAGGAAGCAACGUCCAAAAAUGUUUAGUAAAAUGUUUUCAAGCCAGAUAUGUUUGUGCUCCUUGAAAUUCUAGGUGGUUUUUAACUGGUAGCACUGAUUUGCUCACAAAAUAAGCAGAAGAUGGUGAGAAAGCGGCAUUUCCAGGAUGUAUGUGAGAAAAUGAGUCAAUUUCUGGAAAUUGUAACAACUUUUGAAAAUGGAGUCCCUAAAUAGGCUCUCAGGAGGGCUGUGAGCUUGUGAAAUUAUGUACAAAAUGUCUGUGGGGUAUGCUUGCGGGACAGGUCUCGUGAUAUUAAGAAUCACUGGUGUAGGAGGUAAUUACAAGAUGCGAAGUAAAUCAACCUGCGUUCGUUUCUAGAGUUCUGUCCUUAGUGCAUGAGCAACGUGGUUGUUCCAUGUUUCCUUGCAAUGUUUUCUCUCUAUUGUUUUGUUCUUUAGGAAUCGUUUUCAAGAGUCUUACAGAACGGAUUUCAUGAUCUUUUUAAAAAAUUAAACUAAGGCUGAAUUACUU